AAUGCCUCCACCAGAAACGCUCUUUAAGUAGGAUUGUGCUUGGUUAAGCGGUUGACAGUGAGCUACUUGCUAUAGCUCCUGUCGCAAAAAGCUGUCUCAUAGUAUAGGUGCAACGUCCGGCAAAGCCCAGGCAACCGAGCGAUAGCCAUGGAGAACGCAAACCAACAUGAGCUUCUCGAACCGGCACCUCUACGUGAGGCGAACGCCCAGGUGGAUAGGCACGAUUUUCGUGCAGCUGGUCGUCUCCAGCUCACAAAGCGUGGACGGAUCGUUCUACUAUGUCUUGCGCUGGGAAUAACUAGCUGCGCCUCAGCCUGGAGAGGUGUCGCUCCCUCGACAUCAGAACCGGCUUCCUCCAAAAUGGCGGUCGACAUAGCAUCGCCUGGUCAGACAUACUCCGAGAAGCAAUUAAUCAAGCUGCGCUAUAUCUCAGGACAUCCCUUUAACCUGUUUCUCCGGAUGUCGGCCCAAUUAAUCUUUGGACUUCCAGGAGAGACUGUCGGACGCAUACCUGUUUUCUAUUCUUCAUACGAGCUCGAGGUCGCGCUGCGCACUGUCAACGGCAGCGGCAGCACCCCACGCAACUGGACGGACCUGCAGAGCUUCGUUGCGCGGGAUCCCUCGGCGGCCUCAAUGUACAUGGCAGCUCUCCUAACACUGCCAAGGGCAACCUUAGUGUAUGCAUGGACGCAUGACUACAACGGAGCCUACAAGCUCAUCCGCAACAUGGAGGUAGACAUCCCGGAGUCCGCCAACCAGCUGACAAGAGGAUGGCUCCGUACAGUGUUGCAAGCGACCGGUAUGCUUUCCGAUCACCGUGAUUCCUGCACGGCAGACAGUGACUCGUCACCAGCACAUGAAACCUGCGGAAGGCAGACGGUCGGAGGGAAGAUCGUCUUGGGGCGGCGCCUGUGGCCGCUAGCGCUGCUCUGCCCUGGCGUCGUGACGGGCUUUGUGGCCCUAGCGCUCCUAGAAUUGGCCCCCGUCGCUGCGUUCUGGGUGCUCGCGACUAGUAUCUUCAGGGCGGCCUGUGAGCUGCGUGUGCUGAUUUACGCCAUCAAGCUCAUCCGACAGCGCCGUCCCCAAGCUGCCGUACAGUGCGUGGCAUGCAGCCACGGCGUGCCCUUCAUGUUGGGCUGCCACGCGCUGGUGCUGUUGCGUCUCGCUGCGGCGCUGCUGCCGGCGCGUGUGUUUUUGUUCCUCGCCUUUCACAUGUACGGCACAUGGGCUCCCCUGGCCGCUGCUGCCAUUGCGCUUAUGGCCUUGCAGCCCAACAAUGCGCAAUUUAUCGGGGAUGCCAUGGACGGUAUUCGGCAUCUGGGUCACCGGGCCGCUGAGGACUUGAACGUAGCUGCCUUGGGCGUCGCUGCGACUGCGAGUGUGACGGUGCGUCGUCGGCAGCACUGGCCGCCGCCGGUGUCUGUGCCUGCCGAACUUCAAGAGACGGCGGAGUCGGCGCCCAAGCACUUAUUGUGUCCCAUCACGCACCACAUCCUUACGGAACCGGCCGUGACGUCUACCGGCGCUACAUAUGAGCGCUCAGCGAUUGUGGAGUGGCUGGCGAAAGCGGGCAAGGACCCGCUCACGGGCCAUGCGGUUUCUGCGGACGAGGUCUUCCCCAAUCUCGCCAUGUACUCGGUUGUAGAAGAGUAUGUGCGGGAGCACAUGAAGGCGCACAAGGCGGCAGCGGCUGCAGCCUCUGAGGCACACUGACAUGGCGGCGGACUCGCCAUUCCUCACAGUCACUAACUACAUUGUAAUUGUAUGCGCGCUCGGAUCCGCAAGUGUUUGUAUGCGGUGCGUUCCGCGGUAUUUAUUGAUGUCCCCAGUUUCGUACAAGGAGGUCUUGGGCAACUGCUGGGGAAGCGUAAAGGGUUUGGAUGCAGGCAGGCUCCUUGUGAUCGCAGCAGGACCAGGUUAUCCGUUGUAGUUGUCGUUAUCGUACAUGCCGGUGUAUGGCACACGUCUAGACACCCGUGUACUGUCUAAAUUCAUUUCAUUGCUCAAAUGGCAGGGCUUGGGACAUGCAUUCGUAUACUCUUUGAUUCUCCCCACUCGGAUUUUGACGGGAAUGCCCGUGGGGCCCAACGGGCAAAAAGGUUUUGCAGGUGUUGAGUCUGAUGAGUGGCUUGCUUGUCGUUUCUUUUGGUUGCGGAUGUUUCCGCAGCGUGGAUAGGGUAGGGAUAGGAGGCAACCAGGGCCUAUGUAAAACCGUCUCAUUCAUGGUUUUGGCCUCAAUGCUCAUCGCAAUAGUACUUGCUGGUACGGCAAUAGGCGUGAUGGCUCCAGGCGGAUGUGUAAGUAAUACCCGAGCACUUUUCUUCUUCUUUGACAACAUGCCUGCUAUACCCUUGGGGCUAUGUUGAUCACUAACUGUUGCGGUUAAGUAGUAGUAGUGAGUGUAAGACCACGGGCGGUCUUGGUGCGGCAUACCUUGUACCGAGACCGGUGUCCUUAUACCCCUGCGUGCGCCAAUCAGGUACCAAGCACGUGGGGGUGACGGUGUUGGUGGUUAUGUUGCGAUACACACAUGCGUGCGCGUCUUGAGGGCGACGGCGUUAAGGCUUGAAGCUAGUAACGAGGGGGCGGUUUCUUCCUCCUGUAUCGCUAAUUAUUGUGGGUCGGAUCAAGUCCAGAGCUUGAGUGGGCGGAUAAGAAGUACGCUGCAUUGUAACGGUUCCUGUCCAA